AUGGCACCCAAGAAGAAGGGAGGCAAGAGACAAGAGGAGGACUGGGAAGCUGAUCUUGGCGAGUCAGCUCCCACUGUCGAAGCUCCCACUGAAGAGGCUCAAGGAGACAAUGAGGAGGCCCCGGUCGGCGGCCUCAUGGCUGCUUUAAGAAAAAACAAGGCCAAGAAGGCUAAAAAGAACAAGGACAAUGACUUCGUUGAGGGAGAGGACCCUGCUGCGGGAGUUGACUUGGCCAGCAAGCAGCCUGAGGAGGGUAACUUCGAUGACGACGAUGUUUUUGCCGGAAAGAAGACCAAGCCCAUCAAGGAUAUCGUCAAGCCUGCCGUGGAAGAGCCUGAGGCCGGCGAGUUCCGGGUAAAGAGUAAAAAGGAGAAGGAGCGCGAGAAGAAGGAGAAGGAGAAACAGCGAAAGAAGGAGCAGGCCGCCACAAAGAAAAAGCUCACCCCUGCCCAAGAAAAGGCCGAGUCCAAGAAGACUGCUGCCGCCGAGGCCAAAAAGGAUGAGGCCGCUGCCGCCGCACCUACACCUGCCGCUGACACUGGCAAGAAGAAGAAGCUCCCUCCCCACCUGGCAGCUCUUCAGAAGCAACAGGAACUCCUGCGCCAACAGCGCGAGGAAGCGGAGCGUCUCGCGGAAGAGGAAAAAGCUGCUGCUGCCAAGCAGAAGCUUCUUGAUGAAGAGGAAGAGAAGAAGCGGGCUGAGAUUCGUGAGCGCAAGAAGGAGAGGGAGCGUGAGAAGAAGGAACAGCUCCGCAAGGAAGGCAAGCUCCUCACCAAGGCCCAGAAGGAGGCCAAGGAGCGCAAUGAACUUCGCAUGCAGCAGAUGUUGGCUGCUGGAGGCAAGGUCGCUGGUCUGGAGAACAAUGGCGAAAAGAAGCGCGCCCCUGUCUACGAGAACAAGAAGAAGAGAGCAGGCAAGAAGCAGGAGGAGGACCUCGAGGCUGCCGCUGCUCGCGCUCAGGCCCAGCGAGAGGCUGAAGAUGCCCGCCGCAAGAAGGAGGCUGAGGAGAAAGCCAAGGCCGAGGCUGCCGCUGCUGCUGCCGCCCCCGAAGCCGAUGAUGCCGUCGAAGACUGGGAGCAGGCUGCCGAUGAGGAUGUUAAGGACAGCUGGGAUGCCGAAACAGACGAAGAAGAGGAGAAAUCCGCCGAGACACCCACGGCUGCCCAAGCUCAAAAGGAAGAUGCUAAGGACGAAUCAGAGUCUGAGUCCGAGGAUUCCGAUUCCGAUUCCUCCGAAGACGAAGAACAGUCUGCAACUCAAAGGGCUAUUCAGGCCAGAAAGGCCGAAGCCGCUGAACGUAGAAAGAAGCAGCACGAGGAGGCCCUGGCAGCUCGUUCAAAGGAUGAUCUCCGUUCUCCCAUUUGCUGUAUUCUUGGUCACGUCGAUACUGGUAAGACUAAGCUGCUUGACAAGAUCCGCCAGACCAAUGUCCAGGAGGGUGAAGCCGGUGGUAUUACCCAGCAGAUCGGUGCCACUUACUUCCCCGUCGAUGCUCUGCGCACCAAGACACAGGUUGUCAACAAGGACGGCAAGUUCGAGUUCAAGAUCCCCGGUCUUUUGAUUAUCGAUACCCCUGGUCACGAGUCUUUCUCCAACCUGCGUUCAAGAGGUUCAUCCCUUUGCAACAUUGCUAUCCUGGUUGUGGAUAUUAUGCACGGUCUUGAGCCCCAAACUCUUGAGUCCAUGCGUUUGCUGCGUGACCGCAAGACUCCUUUCAUCGUCGCAUUGAACAAGAUUGAUCGUCUUUACGGCUGGAAGAAGAUUGACAACAACGGCUUCGAGGACAGUUUGAACAUGCAGAACAAGGGUGUGCAGAACGAGUUCCGCACUCGUCUCGAAGCCACCAAGCUUGCUUUCGCCGAGCAAGGAUUUAACUCCGAGCUCUUCUUCGAGAACAAGUCUCUGUCCCGCAAUGUCUCUCUUGUCCCCACCUCCGCUCACACUGGUGAGGGUGUUCCUGAUAUGCUGAAGCUCCUAACCAGCUUGACCCAAGAGCGGAUGACCAACUCCCUGAUGUACCUGUCCGAGGUGGAGUGUACAGUUCUGGAAGUCAAGGUCAUUGAGGGUCUCGGUACCACUAUUGAUGUUGUCCUGUCCAACGGUAUCCUUCGUGAAGGUGACCGUAUCGUGAUGUGCGGUCUUAACGGGCCAAUCACAACCAAUAUUCGUGCACUAUUGACACCAGCACCGCUCAAGGAGCUGCGUCUGAAGUCUCAAUACGUUCACAACAAGGAGGUUAAGGCUGCGCUUGGUGUGAAGAUCGCUGCCAACGACUUGGAGCACGCCAUUGCCGGCUCCCGUAUGCUGGUUGUCGGUCCUGAUGAUGAUGAGGAGGAUCUUGAGGAUGAGGUUAUGUCCGAUCUCGAGAACCUGCUGAGCCGUGUUUCUACCGAUCAGCGUGGUGUCACCGUCCAGGCCUCCACCCUGGGUUCCCUCGAGGCAUUGCUGGAGUUCCUCAAGGUCUCCAAGAUUCCCGUUGCCAACAUUUCCAUCGGUCCUGUCUACAAGCGUGAUGUCAUGAUGGCUGGAACCAUGCUGGAGAAGAACAAGGAAUACGCCGUCAUGCUGUGCUUCGAUGUCAAGGUUGAUAAGGAUGCACAGGCCUACGCCAACGAUAUUGGUGUCAAGAUCUUCACCGCUGACAUUAUCUAUCACUUGUUCGAUAACUUCACUGAACACAUGGCUCAACUCACAGAACAGCGCAAGGAGGAGGCCAAGCUUCUUGCCAUCUUCCCCUGUAUCAUUAAGCCCGUUGCUGUCUUCAACAAGACCGAUCCCAUCGUCAUCGGUGUUGAUGUCAUUGAGGGAAGCUUGCGCAUGCACACUCCUUUGGCUGCCAUCCGUACUAACGCCGCUGGUGUCAAGGAGAUUGUCGACAUCGGCAGAGUCACAUCCAUCGAACGUGAUCACAAGGCCGUCCCCGUCUGCAAGCGUGGUCAGCCCUCCGUCGCAGUGAAGGUUGAGGGCCCCAACCAGCCCAUGUACGGCCGCCACCUCGAGGAGAAAGACCAGUUGAUCUCGCACAUCUCCCGUAAGAGUAUCGACACCCUGAAGGAGUUUUACCGCUCCGAAGUCACCAUGGAAGAAUGGGCUCUAGUCAAGCGCCUCAAGCCCGUCUUCGACAUUCCUUGA